AUGGGGAUAUUUGAUUCACCUAAACUGACGGACAAAAGACAUGGUGUCAUUAAACCAAAGAAAUUGAGGAAUUCAUAUAAUGAACGUAAGAAUGACCGAGGGAUAUUGUCGAAAUUGAAUAGCUUUUUGAGUAACUAUUCGUUGAAUAAUUAUGAGAAUAAUAUUGAUGUCACUAAUUUGCAAAAGUCUUAUUAUGAUAUACAGAGCCCCAAGAAGGCAAGGUUCGAAAGUGCUUCUAGUCCUUUGGAUGAGAACAAAUCCAAUUGGAUGAAAAGAAAUGAUCAAUUGAAUAAACAGAAAGAGAAAGAUUUUCAAAGACAAAGAGAGAUAGAGAUCGAUUUCAGGAAGAAAGAAAGUCAAAAAGAAAGACUCAAGCAAUUACAACGAUAUGAAGUUAAUCAAUAUGAAGAAAUUGAUUCAUUAAGGAAAGAAAAUAUCGAAUUAAAAUCGAAUAAUAAUCAUUUGCUCACCACCAAUCAUCAGGCUAACAAACAACUACAAUCAAUCACUGAGAGUUAUAAUCGAUCACAAGAUCUAUUACAUGUGAAGAAUGAAGAAAAUAAGAAGCUUAUACAAGAAAAUCAAGAUUUGAUGAAAAAUUUGAAUCAAUUAAGUCAAGAGCUUGAAUUAGUUAAUAAAACCAAUAAAUCAUUGAUUGAAGAGAAUAAGACCCUAAAACAAGAUUCAAUCGAUCAUUUGGAGUUGAAAAUUCAACUCAAUUCUUCCAAUUAUCUUAUUAAUCUCAAAAUGAUGGAGAUUGAAUUUAUGGAAAAUAACUUAAUCAAGAACCCCACGAUAAAAUUUCAAUACUAUAAUGAAAUUCACGAUAAAUUGAUUGAAUAUGAAAUGAUUUUCAGUAACUAUAAACUCUUCAAACAAGACAAAGCAUACAUUAUGAAGAAUUAUAACUAUGAAACAUUAAUCGAUUGGAAGAUAAUAUUGAAUAAAUUGAAUAAUAAACUUUAUGAAAAUUUUCAAAAACGAAAUAACAAGAAUCAAGGUCAAUCAAGUCAACGAAGUCAUUUCAAAGUGAUCAAUUACCUAAGUAUAAUUCAUAAUUUGAGGUUGAAGAUUUAUGAACUUUUAAAUAUCAUCGAUGAGAUUUUGAUCAUUUUGAACGCGUAA